AAUGGUGGGCUCUCUCUUUCUCUCUCUCGUCGUCCUCCCCUCCCCUCUCCUCUCGUGCUCCAUCCGAUCCACCAAAGAAGGGAACCCUAGCGAGCAACCCUAAUCUCUGAUGCCCGCCUCCUCCUCCGGUGGCAGCGGCUGUGGCACCCACCCGCCUCCUGCCUCAUCUCCGCCGCCGCCGCGGGCCAUGAAGCGCGAGCUUGCCUUCGCCCUCCGGUCGCUCUCCGAGAUCUCCGCCUCCCCCGGCCGCACCCGCUCUGGCCGCUCCAUCUCUUCCCUGCCCGACCCAUCAACAGCAUCUCUCAAGAGGCGCAAGAGAUCCGACCCCCCCGCCGAUCUCGUCUCCCCGCCCACGCCGCCCAUCGACGACGAGCCGCUAAAGCCCACCCACCCCCUCCUCGACCCGUCCGAUGGAUCCAAUCCUGCCACCGCAGAUGACACGCCAACGUCUCAUCAAUCCAAUGCUGCCGAUGAGGAGGUGAUGGUGGAGGCCCCCCAACCAUCUCACGCUGAGGCUUCGACACUGGAGUUGAUUGCAAAGCCGGAUGUGCCCAUGGAGGAUUCUGCUGCAGCACCAACACUGCUGGGAUCCGCCGAUGCAGCUGGAAACGACAAGUGUGAUAACUCAAAUGGAGAUGGAGGAACUCUACAAAUGCAUGCUGCGGACAAUGCAUUAGUCCCGGCUCCUCUGGCCGCUGAGAAUACUGUCACACCUGCUGCUAUCGCCGAGCUCAAGCCCGCAAGGCGCUUCACACGAUCGUUGCUCAAGAAUAAACCAGACGAAGAUGAGGCCACAACUAGUGAAAGCCAAGCCACUCCAGAGGCCUCUAUUGAUUUGGCUUUGCUGCUGGAUAAGCCUCAGAGAAGGUUCACAAGGUCACUGCUCAGGACAAAGGUUGAUAGCAGUUUGGUUGAAUCUGAGGAUGCACUUGACAGAGCAUUGGAUUCCCCUCCAUCAGUGAAGAAGAUGGAGAUGAAGAUGUCAAAGAAAGUUGCAUGCCUCACAAAGCACCCUGGGAACAUUAGAGAGCUGCUCAACACCGGCCUGCUCGAGGGAUUGCCAGUUAUGUACAUCAUCCCUCACAGCAAGAGGGCUGUUCUGCAAGGAGUGAUUACGGGUUGCAAUAUACGUUGCUUUUGUCCGUCCUGUAAUGGCUCCAAGGCUGUUUCAGCUUAUUACUUUGAACAACAUGCUGGAAGCAACAAGAAACACCCUGCUGACCACAUUUACUUAGGGAAUGGCAAUAGUUUGCGUGAUGUACUGCGUGCAUCUGAAAGUUCUCCCCUAGAGUCUCUGGACAAAACAAUACGCUCAUCCAUUGAUCCGGUGGUUAAGAGGAGCCGCGUUAAUUGCCUGAAUUGCAAUGAGCAUCUUCUUCCAUCAUCACAAACUGAACGCAUACUGUGUCAUGGUUGCCUCGAGUCAAAGCAACCUCAAGAUCCUCCUACCCCAUCAUAUGCAUGUAAGAGCAAUUCCAGUCUGACUCCAAGUUCCAAGGAUUCUUUGGAAAAGAAGAUAUCAUCAAGCAAGAAGGGCGGGAGUGCUGGCAAAGUAACAAACAAGGAUACUGGACUACACAAAUUGGUCUUCAGUGUUUUGCUUGAUGGCACAGAAGUAGCCUACUAUGUUGAUGGGGAGAGAAAGGUUGAUGGGUAUAUCAAGGAUCAAAGAAUCUACUGUAAUCACUGCAACAGAGUGGUUAGCCCAUCAGCAUUCGAAGCUCAUGCGGGUGAGGGAUCAAGGCGCAAGCCGUAUGACAACAUCUUCACAUCAAAUGGAGUAUCAUUGCAUGAGCUGUCAAUGAAAAUAUCAAAGGAUAUGCGACAGUCGGAACGCGAAACAGAUGAUCUGUGCAGAGAAUGUGGUCAAGGGGGAGAUAUUUUCCCUUGCAAAAUCUGUCCAAGGUCAUUUCAUCCAGCUUGCGUUGGACUGUCUGAGGUCCCGUUAGAGUGGUAUUGUGAUAAUUGCAGGAAUCUUGUGCAAAAAGAAAAGGCUUUAGCAGAAAACAAAAAUGCUAAAGCCGCUGGGAGGCAAGCUGGAGUUGAUUCCAUUGAACAGAUAAUGAAGAGAGCUAUACGAAUUGUUCCCAUUUCUGAUGACCUUGGAGGUUGUGCUCUCUGCAAGCAGAAAGAUUUCAACAAUGCAGUAUUUGAUGAGCGCACUGUGAUACUCUGUGACCAAUGUGAGAAAGAGUAUCACAUAGGAUGUUUGCGGAGUCAAUGGCAGGUAGACCUAAAGGAAUUGCCAGAGGGGGAGUGGUUCUGUUGCAGUAAUUGCUCUGAGAUACGAUCUUCAUUGGACAAGAUAAUAUCCGAUGGAGCUCAGCUGUUGUCGGAGCCAGAUAUGUAUAUCAUAAGGAAGAAACAUGAGACAAGAGAUUUAUGCAUGGACACCAUUACAGAUCUCAGAUGGCGAUUGCUUUCUGGUAGAAAUGCUACUGAAGAUGGCAGCUUAUUGCUUUCUGCUGCAGUCCCAAUUUUUCAUCAAUCUUUUGAUCCAAUCAUUGAAGCUCAUACUGGUAGGGAUCUAAUUCCUGAGAUGGUUAAUGGGAGGGGACCUAAGGAUGGAAUGCCUGGCCAAGAUUACAGUGGAAUGUACUGUGCAGUUUUAACUCUGGGCUCUACUGUUGUAUCGGCAGCACUUUUGCGUGUCAUGGGAGGUGAUGUGGCCGAAUUGCCACUAGUUGCUACAAGUAGGGAUCUUCAAGGGUUGGGCUACUUCCAAGCCUUGUUCUCAUGCAUAGAGAGGAUGCUAAUCUCACUAAAGAUUAAGCACUUCAUGCUUCCAGCUGCCCAUGAAGCUGAAGGAAUCUGGAUGAAGAAAUUUGGAUUCUCUAGAAUUCCUCAAGAACAGUUGGAAGCUUAUCUUAAGGGGGCGCACCUGACCAUAUUUUAUGGGACGUCGAACCUGUACAAGGCUGUUCCUUUGUCAUAGCAAACGACGGUGUUGAAGUAACUGUGCCUUUUGCUCAAUCAGGCAGAUUUGUUUUUUUUUUUUGGGGGGGGGGGGGGGUUCUGAUGGUAACUGUAUAUAAGAUGAUGAAGCAUGGCACGGCAAAAUGAUGAUAUACAGCAAGAGGAGAAAACUGAGUCGUCUUGAUAUUGGUCGAUCAGAAUUUUUUGAUGAUGCAGCCAAGAUACAUGUGGAGAUGUUUGGCUGAUGGAAGCAAAGCUUUCCGCUGCUCAUUUUUUUUUUCUUCCUUCUGUGUAAUUUUCAGGUGCCCUUGGGGUGUCGUUGAGAAGUGCUGGUAUUUUUGAUGUACAGUCGUCACCCACCCCCAGAUGCCGCAGAUUUCGACAUUUUCAUCUGUUUCCAGUAAAAUUUUGAUCUGUUUAUUAAUUGGGUGCAUUGGGUGUGAACGUGCAAAUUUUGAUACAAAA